AUGGCGAAGACGCAAAACAAAGGCUCCACCAGUGACUUCGCAUGGCGCAAGAAUUCGCUACAAGAGAAGCGAAAAAUGAGAAAGAAAAGAAAUGAGAGAAAAAAAUGUGAACGGAAAGAAAGAAAUAAAAGUUUAAUAAAAAAGAAGGAAGAAAAUGUUCAAGUGAGCUUGGAGUGUGCACAGACCGAGGCAAUGCGUUACAAGAAAUUGGCUGAGAAAUAUAUGGCACUGUGGAAAAACGCAGCUAAACAGAAAGGCAAUAAGGUGAUUAUAAACUAUAACUGUUACGAAAGCCUAGCUAAAUAGUUACGCUUAUCCACCUGCCACAUAUUUUGUUUUGGAAUUCACUAUUUUGUAUUUUAAACAGAUUAUAGAAACCCAGCCUCAGUAGAAUAUGUUAUUAAGAAGAUUGAACAUGCAAAUUUAACAGAAGCAAAUGGAAAUGGAAUCGACUUGUUUGGGCUCACCAAAGGCGCAUAUUAGGGUGCAUCAUACGCCCCUACUGUUUACUAUUAGCCCUACCUUUUUUUUGCUAGUGAGGUUCAUCCUAAGUAAUAAAACUGUGAAGUUUAGAAUUGCUUGGACAAUUUUUAGGGAUAGCAGGUACCCCGUUCCCAUUACGGCAUGUACAAUAGAAUGAAAAUAGCCCAGAUGUGCAAUAUCUUAGCUUAAGAUGACCAUAGAGACUUUAUUUUGGUAUCAAAUUAUGCAGAAUUCCCAAGUUUAUAGGUCUAAAACCUUUAUUUUACAAGUUAUCCUUUAUAAUAGUCAAAUUUGAGCAUUUGGUCAGUUUUUGUAUUACAUUAUGUUACACAACCAAUUAAAUUUUUCCGUAUUUGUUAAUAAGAUUUCUAAGAGUAACUGUAAAAUAUGACUGGCAUGUUAUCCUCUGAACUGCACUACUUUUAGUUCUAAACAAAUCUACCAUUAAUAUAAAGAUCAUUAGUAGUUCAGUACAUUUAAAGAAUAAACUACGUAAAUUAUUUCCAACUAAACGAGACGUAUACCUUAAAGAAUGUCCGAGUAAAAUCCACAAAGUAUGGUCAGUACCUUAAUAGUCCCAAAAAUGAAGGUUUUUCGGCACUUGAUGCUACCCCUUAUUCGAUACCUGUUGUGGAAUAGGAAGACAAAAUUGACACAACAUCAAGCAUCAAUGGUACCAUUAUAGGAGUCGAACAAGCUUCUAAGCAUAUCGGUUGUAAUGGCUGUACCAAACGAAACGUUGAAAUUGUUGCUCCCAAAAAGGCUAUCUGCCAGUCUUGCAAGCUACAACCUGUUCUAUCCGCUGGACCCUGCGUAUUCUGGUUAAGCCUAAAGCGGCUCCAAAAACGUCCAUCUUCGUCUAGACAGCAAUUCAACAGAGGCUUUACUGCAGCUCAUCAACCCAGCAUUCCAACUUGAAACAGCUAUCGAAGAUGUCAUUGUUGCGAUGAUUCUGGAAAAUUAUCAAACCUCUCUAACUUUUACGUAUGAUGCGUUUACUUACCAAGUUAGCGAAGUUAGUCGUUCUACAGUUUAAACUGUUAACUUAGUUUGUUCUUUAAAAACAUUGCAUGCCGUUAACCUACUUAAAAUGUUAAAACUGUCUACCAUGUAUGGUAGAACAUUUCAAAGUUUCGCUGGCUUGUUUGUUCAUAAAAAAACAUUUAUAUGGAACUUGUGUUUCUUGACUUUAGUUAAAUCAUAUGUGUUGUAUAAGGCUAAAAUAAGGGCGAAGGGUUUGUUGAGUUUUGUUUAUUGUUGAUUAAAAAAAGAUUUGUGAUGACUGUCAUUGUAUUUACUGUCCAUUUUGCGGCCUAUUAAUAUAUAUAUAUAUAUAUAUAUAUUGUCAUCUUUAGAAUGUUACCGUGUUGUUAACAAAAAAUUACACAUUUCGAACGCACAUCGCUAAUCUGUGAUUACUUCUAGUAACUAUAAUUUGGUAAUAUUUGUAACUAAAAGAGCGAGAGCAUAUGUUUAAUAAUAAGUUAUGAUUAUUAACUUAAAGGUAUGUUGACUGGCUGGGGACAACUUUUAAUGAGGAAUUACCAGAUGAAAACUGGAGGAUAACAGAUCCUCGCCCAUCUGCUGUUAGGGCUACAACAGUGGAUAAUCGUGACAAUGAUUAUUACAGGUUAGUUAAUACUGUAGAAAGACACACUAGAUGCAGUCCAGCAUAUUGUUUGAAACAGAAAAGAGUGGACCUGCUUGCAGCAGAAUUGGUUUUCCAAAGCCAUUACAAGAAGAAACAGAACUGAGUUGGUGGUAAGUAAGAAUGCUAAGUCUGUUGAGUCUCAGUUACAUACCAAACAAAAUGAUCAAAGGUUAAAUUCGCAUAACAGGGUGAUGCUCAAAAACUGGCGGGCAAAUGUAGAUUUGCAAGUCAUUGUAGAUGAGAAGGCUUGUGCAAGAUACAUGGCUAAAUAUGCUGCGAAAGGAGAAGCCCGAUCGAAAUCAGCAUCAGAAAUACUAAAAUUGUACAUGUCCUCAUUACAGAAUGAUGAUAAAGUCUCCUCAGCCUUCAAUAAAGCAAUGAUCCAAGUUGCUGGGGAUAGAGAUAUGGCAGCACAAGAAACUGUGCAUAUGUUACUUAGUCUACCACUGGUUGGCUGCACAUUUAGUUUUGUUACUAUUUCUUUAGAUAACAGCAGGAAGGUUAAUAUUGAUGCAGAAAACGAAGGCGACAAGGUACUUCAAAAGUCUGCACUACAAGAAUAUGCAGAACGUGCAAAAUUGAAGAGUAGGUAUACAGGGUUGUCUCGGCUAAAUCUGAUGCAAUUAUGUGUCACAGUACACCAAAGUCAGAGGUGAGUUGACAAAAUGAGCAAGUCCAUACAUUGUCAGAACAUUUCCAAAGAUUUCAGCUAAUCCCACUAGUGCUGAUUUUGGAAAAUACUGCAAAUAUCAACUAAUAAAGUUUAAACUAUGGGAGGGUCAACCGUCAAAUGCUUGGAACAAUGAGGAUGAAAGUAAGGAAAUGUUUAUUAAAACUUACGAUUUUUUUUAUACAGAGUUCAUGAUGCACAAUGUGGUCAAACCACUAAUCUGAAAUAAGACUGGAUAACGCAUUUAUAGUAUACAAAAGUGAAGCCGGAAGUCACCGGCCGCCACCCAAUUCUGGGGCCCCAAUUUUGUAUAGAUUUGUAUUACAGAUGGUAGUUUUUCGCGUUUUUUUUUCUCCUUGGCUACGUUUCCGACCGAGCCAAUUUUACAAUCACAAAGAUAGAAGCAUACAAGAAGAAUUUUGAGCAAAAGAGUAUUAUGGCUUUAUAAUGCUGCGAAACGGGAUUUACAACUCUGAAGGAGUGGAGAGCCUCAGACUUUGUUUAUCAACACAAGCUCGUUUUGCUACUUUCGUACAAAAUCAACUCAAAAUAUACAAGAAUUACUGUUACUGGAUGAAUGUUCUCACAAAAUUUGAAGAAACUGAAGCAGCUACAUUGUGAACAAAAGCGUACUGAGGUUAGUUUUAAAAUACCUUGAGGCUACUUUUAUAAUUAUACGAAUUAAGGAACAGUUUUAAAUGUCAAUUUUGUCAUGAGCAUUCCCUGGCGACUUGUCCAGAAGUUUUAUAUGUUUUAAAGUAGGAAGACAAGUGACAAUCAAAUAUUUUUAAUCCAAAUUAUAAACAAUGACUCAAUAUGUUGUUUUAAUUCACAUAAUUAUAAAAGUAGCCUCAAGGUAUUUUAAAACUAACCUCUGUACGCUUUCAUUCACAAUGUAGCUGCUUCAUUUCUUCAAGUUUCCUGAGAAUAUUCGUCGAGUAACAGUAUUAAAAUUCUUGUAUAUUUUGAGUUGAUUUUGUAUGAAAGUGCAAAACGAGCUUGUGUUGAUAAACAAAGUCUGAGGCUCUCCACUCCUGCAGAGUUGUAAAUUCCAUUUCGCAGCAUUAUAAAGCCAUAAUACACCAAAUUUUUUGCUCAAAUUGUUCUUGUAUGCUUCUAUCUUUGUGAUUGUAAAAUUGGCCGGUCGGAAACGUAGCAGGGGCAAAAAACGCGAAAAACUACCGUCUGUAAUACAAAUCUAUACAAAAGUGGGGCCCCAGAAUUGGGUGGUGGCCAGUGACUUCCGGCUUCACUUUUGUAUACUAUAGAUGUGUUAUCCAGUCUUAUUUCAGAUCAGUGGGUCAAACCUUUGAAAACGAUCCAAGUGACAAUGAAGAUGAUGACGAUGAAAGUGAAGUUGAUCCUUACGAGGAGGAGGAAGUUGAUGAUUGGAUGUGUUGUUGUGCAGAAUUAACCAAGAUUAUGGGGAAGCAGGGAAUGGGAUGUCAGACAAUGAAGCAGCGGAUUGGUUUGAAAUGGUAAGAGCUGUGCCUAGAGAUUUGUUAAGGGAAUCUCCAGGAUGUAUCUAUAGUCAGAGAAAGGAGGCUGAAGAACAUGGUCAGCAAUGCCGAGAAGAUGAUCAACAAUGUGUAAUUGAUCCAGAGACCUUGAAUGAAAAACAACGGCUUGCUUACAACAUCAUCACAUCUCAGAAUGGUGAUAAUGCCGAGCCUGUUUAUAUGAUUGUGUGUGGAACAGCUGGCACAGGUAAGACAUACUUAAUAAGUGCUGCGAAACAAGUAUUAGGCACUCAACUACUGGGAUUGCAGCCUUCAGCAUUAUUGGUCAAACAUUACAUUCUGCUGCUCAACUUCCUAUCCGUGAAUAUAGGGAUUUGCAGGGUGAAUAUAGAGGUUACAGCUGAGGCUGGAAGGUAAAAAUUUUCUGAUUAUUGAUGAAAUGUCAAUGAUUGGACAUAAAAUGCUAUCAUGGCUGGACAAUAGAUUACAUGCUGGUACUGGAAAGGACUAUAUCCCUUUUGGUGGUAUGUCAGUAAUUCUAAUGGGUGAUUUUGGUCAAUUACCACUUGUUGGUGAUACGCCAAUGUAUGUUUCAGGUACCGGAACGGUAGUUAGUGACCAUGGACAUAGUCUGUAUCUAGAGUAUGCUUUUAGAGCCUUGCUGAUGAGAAUGCAGAAUGGAGAACUGAUGGAGGAGGACUGGAAACUAUUGUUGGAGCAUUCAACAACAAAUGUACCAAUGGAUCAAUUCACUGAUGUCAUCUGAUUGCACUUUGACAAGAAAAGUGUAACUGAAUACAAUUAUGAGAAGCUAUUGCAGCUUGGACAACCUGUCACGAAAAUUCAGGCAAAACAUUCUGGUCAUGGUGCCAGUGCGGCCAUGUCAGACGAAGCUGGUGGAUUGGACGCUGUUCUGUUUUUAUCCGCAAAAGCAGAAGUAAUGCUCACUUGCAACCUGUGGGCUGAAGUUGGUCUCUGCAAUGGCUCAUUUGGCACUAUCGAGCAGAUUUGGUUUGCCGAGAAUAUGGGUCCACCAAAUCUGCCAAUAGCAGUAUUGGUACACUUCAACAGUUACUCUGGUCCUGCAUUCCUAGAUGGAUUUCUAAAUGUAUACCUGUGCCACCCAAAGUGUUUGAAUGGGUGGCUGAUGGAAAGUACCAAGGCAACAAGUGCCCUUGCGGUUGAG